AUGAGUCCUGCUUCCACUACAAAAUCUUCAGGCACCACUAUAAGACCUGCUUCCUCUACAGCACCUCCUGGAUCCACUACAAGACCUGCCUCCACCACAGCACCUUCUGGCUCCACUACAAGACCUGCCUCUACUACAGCACCUUCUGGCUCUACCACAGCACCUUCUGGCUCCACUACAAGACCGGCCUCCACUACAGCACCUUCUGGCUCCACUACAAGAUCGUCUGCCGGCUCGACUUCUGCCACGCCCACUGCGACGACAUCGAGCGGAUCAGGAGGAACAACCCCGUCUGGUGGUGGCUGUGCACGGUCGAAAUAUCGUACAAUAGAUUCCAGUUGUGCCAGCGCCAACAACCCAUUCUGGGGUAGUGCUGGCCAGCCUUAUGGUAGGCUGCUACCACCAAAUUAUGUAGACGGUAUCUCUCGCCCGGCAUUAUUGUCAAACGGAAGUGAAUACGUCAGUGCCAGGACCAUCUCCUUUACUGUGUUCUCGUUAGACGAAACCCCGGAUCCAUCGAACACAUUGUUGAACAUUUUCUUCCUUAAUGCGAUCGGUAGCGAUCUAAGCCAACCAGCUGGAUUGAACGAUGUGGUGUCGUGCUGUGCCGCUGGACAGUUAGUACCUGAUCCCCCUAGUCGAUGCUUUCCGGUAAACGUUCCCACGGAUGAUCCCAUCUAUGGCUGGUUUAACAUAACGUGUCUCAAUUAUGUACGGGCAUCUACAGCCCCUGGUCAACCAGGCCAGGCGUUACAGCAGAUCAACGAAGCGAGCAGCUUUAUCGAUCUAUCUUUCGUAUAUGGUACGAGUUUGGAACAGAGUAACAGUUUGCGCACGCUCUCGGGAGGCCGAUUAAAGGCAGUGCGGCGCAAUGGAGUCGAAUGGCCUGUAAUCGAUCCGGCCGGAUGCACGUGGGCCGAUGUUUGCUAUCUGGUUGCGGACAGGCGUAGCUAUCAGACCCCAAUGUCCGCAACCGUACACUUGCUGUUUCUUCGGGAACACAAUCGUCUAGCCAACCAGCUGAAAGUGAACAAUCCUACUUGGAGUGACGAAACUAUUUUUCAAGAGGCAAGGCGUAUCAAUAUAGCCCAGUACCAGUACAUUGUCUACUACGAAUACCUGCCACGUGUUUUGGGCCGGGAGAACAUGCUUAGCAAAGGUUUAAUAAUCGAAGGUACCGGUUUCUCGUCCGAUUACAGUUCCUUCAGAAAUCCUUCUGCACUAGCCGAGUUUAGUGUGGUGCAAGCAUUUAUGCAAUCGUCUGUGACUGGCGGUAUAAACUUCUACAUGAACGAUACCGUACAGUCGGCGCGAUUAAGCGACUUGGCCGGCAACCUAGGUUCCCUCGAAACGACAUUUGAAUGGUUCUUUGCAGGAUUAAUAAAACAGCAGGCUGCACUAGUGGACACAAGCUUCAGCAUUGAAUUGAAAAACUUCAUGUACCGCGGAACUGCCAGCGUAGGACAGGAUUUGGUUGCCCUGAACAUACAACAGAUGCGUGAUUUCGGUUUUGCGCGAUAUAACGACUACCGGCUACGUUGCGGUUUGGGUCGGUUAGCCACGUGGGAAGCGUACAAUGCAACGCAGAAGGCACCGUGCAUCAAAACGAUCGCGCGGCUCCAAUCGCUAUACGGGACCGUUGACGAUCUCGACGUGUUCGUGGGUGGUGCAUUUGAGGAUCCCCUGCCCGGAUCGUUGCUAGGCCCCACGUUUUCCUGCCUAUUCCAGGAACAGGUUCUCGCAGCACGUACUGGUGAUCGAUAUUUCUUCGAGCUUGGAGGUCAGGACGGAAGCUUCACUGCCGCCCAGUUGGCAGAAAUUCGAAAGAUAAAACUGUCCAAGCUGAUGUGCAAUUCGUUCCCGACGACGUUGAAUAUACAGGCGGAUGUAUUGAGUCCCAUCUCUGAUACGAACCCGGUGGUGGCAUGCAGUAGUCUUCCUGGCGUUAAUCUUAACUUUUUUGUAUGA